AUGGCUGCAGAUUUCUCCAAGGCGGUCGAGCUCGGCCUCCAGCUCACGAGGAGAAUCUACUACGGCAAGGACGCCGGCUUGCCAGCGCCGGCGCCGCCGCGUUCUCCGUACGUUCACGGGAAGUGCGAGCCACCGGCGAUGAUCCCGCUGCACAUGCACCGGGUGUCGGUGGAGGUCGACUGUUGCCUCGACACGGCGUUCGUCACCGUCAGGGGCGCGUGGCGCAUACAUUGCGUCUCCGCGAGUAGGAGCUGCUGCUGCCGCAUUGCUGUACCCAUGGGUGAAGAGGUUUCAGUUCUAGGUGUAGAAGUUGAAAGCCCUUUCAAGUCAUACAGUACACAGUUGAUCUCACUGGAAGAUACAGCAGAUGCAGCUAAUGUAGCCAGAAGUAAAGAUGGAUUUCUGAUAAGAGGUCGCAUAUACACACUUAAAAUUCCUCAGGUCGAUGGUGGAACUAUGCUAUCAAUCAAAGUCAGUUGGUCCCAAAAAUUGUUGUAUGAAAAUGGAGAAUUUUGCCUCAAUAUGCCUUUCACAUUUCCUUCACAUGUCAUUCCCAUGGCGAAGAACUUGACUAAAAAGGAAAAGGUUUUAGUUAAUGUGAAUUCUGUUGCCGGAACAGAAGUCUCGUUCCAGUGUACGAGUCAUCCUCUGAUGAAAAUAGGUCAGGAAGGGACGAAAGUGGGAUUUUGCUGCGAGAGGGAGGUUUCCGUGUGGUCCAUGGCUGACUUCAGAUUUUCAUACAAUGUUUCUUCAAGUGAAAUAAAUGGUGGUCUUCUGUUGCAAUCCCCAUCUCUGCAUGAUUUUGAUCAGAGAGAGAUGUUUUGCUUUUAUCUGUACCCAGGGAAAAGUAUAAGCAAAAAGGCUUUUAGAAAAGAAGUGGUGUUUUUAGUUGACAUAAGUGCAAGCAUGCAAGGAAGUCCAAUUGAACAUGUUAAAUCUGCACUCUUGGCUGCACUUUCAACGCUUGAUCCAGCCGAUACUUUCAACAUUAUUGCUUUCAAUGGAAAUUCAUUAUUAUUUUCUCCAUCUUUGGUACGAGCCACUACGGAGAUGAUUGAAAAAGCUUCUGAAUGGACUAAAAUGAGUUUUGUAGCUGAGGGUGGCACAAAUAUUUCAACUCCUUUGAAUCAGGCUUUCAACAUGUUCUCAAAAACUGGCGGUUUACUUCCUAUAAUUUUCCUCAUUACUGAUGGAGCUGUUGAAGACGAGAAAGACAUUUGUGAUGCAAUGAGAGGCCACCUCAUGAAGGAAGGCUUGACUACUCCGCGAAUUUGCACAUUUGGCAUCGGUUCAUAUUGCAAUCACUACUUCUUGCAAAUGCUUGCACAAAUUGGACGGGGUCAUUAUGAUGCUGCACGUGACAUAGGUUCAGUCAACUCGAGGUUGGAAAGAUUAAUUAGUAAUGUAUCAUCAGUCGUACUUGCGGACCUAAGUAUUGAUGCUCUGAAACAUCUUGAUUCUCUUGAGAUUUAUCCAUCUCUUAUUCCAGACUUGUUGUCCGGAUGCCCACUAUUUAUAUCCGGAAGGUAUAGUGGAAAAUUUUCCGAAAGUAUUGAAAUUGGUGGUACCUUACCAGAUUUGAGUAAUUUCAAGAUAAAUGUGAAAGUGCGAAAUGCAAAGGAUAUCCAAAUUGACAGAGUAUUUGCCAAGAGACAAGUUGAUGCACUUACAGCUAAUGCAUGGUUUUCGGGAAGCAAACAACUAGAGGAAAAGGCUAUUAAACUGAGCUUGCUGAUGAGCGUGCCUUCUGAAUACACCAGUAUGAUUCUCGUUGAGACUAAGGGCAAGUUACCUUCCAAAUCAAAAACAAUGCCGGAGGAAAAAGCCAAAGCCACGGGGCAAAAAAUCAUUUACCUGCGCGGUUUGGGCCUGGGCUUCGGGAGCAUCGAGGCCACGGUUGAGAACAGACCCCCCGAACAUGCGGAGCCCAAAUUGUACGAGACUUCGGAAAAGAUACUAAAAGCAGCCACUGACUGUUGCUCGAGGAUGGUCGACUGCUGCUGCUGCAUGUGCUUCAUCCAGUUUUGUGGAAAGCUCAACGACCAGUGUGCGAUUGCUUGCACCCAGCUCUGCUCGGCACUCGCCUGUUUUGGGUGCAUCGAGAUGUGCUGUGAGGUGUGUUCCGGCGGAUAG